CUAACUAAAGUCCAUCAACAAGCUAGUUAGCAGUCAGCGAUAUGAUGAACGCUAUCGGUGAACCUUUAGCAACAACAAAACAUGGACUAGCUCAGUGAUAUUUAUCCCGGUGUUAAGACAAUCACUACCUUCGCUGAGGACCAUUUGAGGUGGUUGUAAUUAGCGGCUUCAUUCAUGCGGUCGCUGGUGCACAGAGGAGUUUGAGCUCCGAGUGGCGGGCAAGCUCAGUCAUCAGCUCGCUGGGACAACUGGGGCAACACGGCUCUCUCACCGAGCAGGAGCAUGGUGGUCCCGGACAGUGCCAGCGUGGUCCCCCAGGCUGACAAUGGCAGUCCCGCAGGCCUCAUGGAGAGCUCCAAGUCCGGGUGCAAGAAGGAGGAAGAAGGGGGUCAGGACCUGGCAGGGGUGGAGCUGGAGGAGGUCCGAAAGCUGCAGGAGCUUGUCCGUAGGUUGGAGGUCCAGAAUGAGACCCUGCGCAACAGAGGCAGCAAGACUAUCAUCCACAGAGGAGCCAGCAGCAACAGCAACCUCACAGCCGCUGACAAUAUCAACGAGAGGCUGACUUGUGAGGAGGUGAACAUCUCCCACCUCAGAUUGGAGCACAGUGGCAAGCUGGGCAGCACAGACUUUGAGCUGUCACCCCCUCAGGACAGCAGCAGCGGCGAAGACAUGUCCCCUCUGCCCGUGGCCAACAGGUUGGAGGAAGAGGAUGAAGAAGAGGAGGAGAUAGAAGAGGAGGACCAGGGCCCUUGUGGGGGCUUUCUCACCUUGACCUGCAGCAACGGAGCGGGACAGUCCCAGACGCCAGAGAGCCCCUCUCAGGGAAGUUAUGAGUCAGAGACACUUGCAGAGAGCGACUCAGGGGUGGACCAAACUGCACUGGAUGAGGUGGAUGUCCUAGAUUUGGAGGAUGAGUGUGCAGAAGUAGAGGACGAGGACAGUUGGUUGUACGUGUCUCCGAAAAAGCAAGUAGCAGAUCAAGGCCCAGAGUCUCCGUUGAAGUGGUGUCGGCAGGCUCUUGACCACCGCAGCCCAGAGACAGAGAUUGCUUGUCGGACCCUGAUCAGCCGCUUGGAUCAGAGUAUGCCAACACCGUCUCGAUGGAGGAACAUGUACAGUAGCCCAUCAGCAGAGGCAGGCUCGGCAGGCUCAGGCCUGAUCUCUCCUGGGUACCACAAAUCAACUAACAAAUCCCUACUAACCUGUGGCAGCUCAGGUGUCACAAGCAUGCACUCAGCCCUGAGCUCGCAGUCCUCCAUAGACAGUGAGCUCAGCACAUCAGAUGACUCCAUCUCCAUGGGCUACAAGCUGCAGGAUCUCACCGAUGUCCAGAUCAUGGCUCGCCUCCAGGAAGAGAGUCUGAGGCAGGAUUAUGCCUCCAGCUCCGCAUCUGCAUCACGCCGCAGCUCCACAGCCUCUCUGCAGUCCCUGCGCCGGGGCUGCACCUACAGCGAUCAGGAAUUUGACAGCUACAGCCUGGAGGACGAAGAGGAUGAGUUCUGCUCAAUGCCCCAGCGACGACAUCGCUUCACGCCCUCGCCCUUAGGCUCGCCCCGGUGCCUGUCCCCCUCCACCUCCAACCACGGUCAGGAAUACAGCAGCCGACUCGGGGCCCCACGCACAAGAACGCCCAGACGGUCUCUCCAGGGCCCCAGUGCAGAGCUGCUGAAGUUUGCCAAGAGUGAGGAAGAGUUGAGGCACAGCAUGCCUAAUCUGGCCCCCCGCACCAGCCUACGUUCCCUGGAAGCAGUCAGAAACAGCCGCAGCAUGGAGGCUAACCUCCAGAGCUCUGGCAACCGCAUGUCCCACCUGACUCACUCCCCCUCCACAGGUAUGGCUUGCAGUCGGCUGCGUAACAAUGGCCAGUCGCCUCUCUCGCUGCGGACUCCAGUUAAAGCUGUCACUCCUGUGGGCACCAUGGCAGCUGGUCGUCAGCUGCCCAGAGGUCUGCCUGUUGUCCAAGGACCACCUGCAGGAGGGGGCCGCAGGGUCCAGUCCCCAGGCUCUGCCAACGGCGGAGGCUACAUACCUGGAAGAGCCUCCACCGGUGCAGGGAGGGGUGCUAUGGGCCGAGGACAGGCAUCUACGAGGGGGAAACUUUCACAGCCCCCCAGGAGGUCUUUGGGCAUGACUAAAAUGUCAGAUGAAUCCUGGAAGGAUGGCUGUUACUGAGUCUGACUGGUGAUGAAGGAUGUUCACUGCUGCAACCCUCACCCGACCUCUCCCCGUCGCCCAUCAUAGUACAAAGAACACAGCCACUGUGUCCACACAUGUGUCGUACAACCUCUCGGUCCCCCCCAUUUCAGACUGGAGCGCUGGGCUGCACUGGAUUCGUAGUCAAGACUCAUCUCUUUCCCCUCGCAUGAAACAUUGUCAACCCAUACAAAUAGACAAGAAGGCACACAUGAACACUCCACUUGUGAUAUGGACCAACUCUGAGCUUCCAGAAGACUUGUUUGUGUCAAUUUUACUUAUUUUUCUAUGGUAAUUGUGAGAAACUGCUGGAAUAUUAAGGGUCGUAUUACUGUUCUGUUGAUGUAAUUGAUAUGAAGACGAUUUAAAUGAAUAUAAUGGUGGUUUGUUCAUUUUCUGUGUGACUUCCUACUAGAUGAAGGUGCUGAGUGUUGCAUGCUGGGUUUUGUUUUGUUUUUUUUCUCCCUCAUCAGCGUGUAACUGCAAUAUGACAAAUCUUCCAUGUUUUCCCACAAUGAUCUGUGUGAAUUUAUGAAUGUUUGAUUGGUUCAUUGUAAGAUUAUCUUUAGAUUUGUGUUGUAUUUGUGUUUUGCUCUUUGCUUACACAGCAAUGCAACUCCUGUAAACCACACUGCCCUUAUAAAUAAUACAAAAACGGAAAAAUAUAGUUUGUGCCAAGGUGCAUUUCAGCUGCAACACUCUUUUUAAUUCCGGAAGAAUCUUGAUUCAUUAAGGUACUGUAACGGUACUGCAUUUUGCAGGCGUUUUUACUGCAUAUCUAAAAGGUGGUUUUAAGUGUGCUUUUGGAUACCACUGUAAAAAAGACAAUGUUUAUGCACGAAGGCCUUGUGCCUUAGACAGCUAUGCACCCUCCUGCAGAGUGCCUCUGACAGUUAGGAGCUGUAAUGAAAAUGAAAAAUAAAGUCUACCCUGAAAC